AUGUCAAUAGAGGUCCAAUAUUUAUUUACAUAUUUUUUUCACGCGUUUGUCUUCUUUCCGAUACUUUCCCUCUGGUUUCCGGAACUUUUUCUCGCUUUUAUCUCCUUUCUCGUCGUUUUUUCUUUUGUCUUCUUUUCUCACGCGUCUCUCCCCUUUCUAAUUCUUUCUCCAACGUCUCUCUCUCCAUUCCGUCUCUUUCAUUCACGUCUGUAUCCAUUUUGGCAUUUUUCGGGUCCGUCUUCUUUCCAAAGUUUUGCUCCCGUUGCCCACUUUUGCAACCCUUUCUCAGGUGUCUAUUUCCAAGCACUCUCACCUUUCCGUCUCUUUCUUCCGCGUCGCACCCCUUUUUGUGCUUUUCGUCAGCGUCAGUCUCCUUUCCGUCCAUUUCUAACGCAUGUCUCUACUUUCCGACCCUUUCUACCGCGUCGCACUCCUUUCCGUUGUUUCUCAAACGUCGCUCUCCUUUCCGUCUCCUUAUCGCGCGUCGCUCUCCUUUCCGACUCUUUCUCGCGCGUAAGUCUCAUUUCCAUCGAUUCCUCGUUCUCCUUCUCGUCUCGUUCUCCUGCGUCUGUCUUCUUUCCGUCUCUUUCUCGCGCGUCGCUCUCCUUUCCGUCCCUUUCUCGCGCGUCAGUCUCAUUUCCACCCCAAUUUCUCGCUCUCCUUACCGUCCCUUUCUCGCGCCUCUCUCUCCUUUCCGCCCCUUUCUUUCCCUUAUUUCACCAUUCUGAUACUUUUUCCCAGUCCCUAUCCUUUCCAACUCUUUCUCCUGCGUCUCCCUACUUUUUCUCAUCUUUCUUUCCUUUUUCCAUUCAACCAAUAUUUUGA